AUGGCUACAAUUAACUCUGCAAUUUCGGAUCGUAUCAUAUAUAAAAUAGGGGUGCUAAUGGCAUCUCGGUUAGAUUCACCGUUUGAUCUGGAGCGCUGCGGUCCAGCUGUGGAUCUAGCUUUGGAUAAAGUCAACGAUAAGUUCCUAGCACAUCAUAACAUCGAGCUUCAGAAGGUACAGGGCAGUUAUCCGUCAUGUUCCGGCGCUAUCGCUCCAGGGUUGGCAGCGGACAUGCAUUUCAAGGACGACGUUAUUGCGUUCGUAGGUCCUGCGUGCGCGUUCGCUCUAGAACCUGUAGCUAGACUUGCUGCUUACUGGAACACGCCUAUUAUCACUGGCAUGGGAGAUCAGCCGCCAUCAGAGGGUGAGCUAGCGGCUCCGGCGAGCGUGGUCAGUCGUAUGCACAGAUUGCGGAAUCUGAGAAAAGGCACUCGACCACAGACGUUGUUCAAUGACAAAGGAAAAUAUCCAACACUGACACGAAUGUCGUACUGCCAGUGCCGGUUGCCACGCGUCUUCACUAGUGUCUUCGAUCGGUUCGAUUGGGCACAUGUCGCUCUUUUGCUGGACAAGUCUGAUCUGUUUUCUCUAACUGUUGGUAAGAGUCUUGAAUGGGGGCUUCGGAAGGAAGGUGUAUUAAAAGCUGUCAGAGAGUUAGAUGGCAACGAAAAAGAGUCCUAUGAAGCCCUUCUCCGUGACGUCAGCAUGUACGCUAGAGUGGUAAUCUUGAGCGUUCGAGGCUCGUUGGUGCGCGAGUUUCUGCUAGCAGCACACACACUUGGCAUGACACGUGGUGACUGGGCCUUCCUGGACGUCGAGAUAUUCCAGGGUGGGUACUGGGGGGAGACUGGCUGGGCGGCGGGAGACGAACGGGACGCGGCCGCGCGCGCUGCGUACGAGGCCCUGCUGCGCGUCUCUCUCAAGCUGCCCACCGGCGAUCGCUUUGAUGAAUUCGCAGAUGCAGUUCGCGCUCGGGCGAAGCAGCAUUACAAUUACAGUUUUUCAGAUGGUGAAGAGGUGAACUUCUUUAUUGGAGCAUUUUACGAUGGGGUAUAUCUUCUCGGUAUGGCAUUAAACGAGACCUUGACUGAAGGCGGAGACAUAAGGGAUGGUAGAAAUAUUACAAGCCGUAUGUGGGGAAGAGAUUUUCAUGGCAUAACUGGUCACGUACGAAUAGAUCCUGUUGGUGACAGGGACGCUGAUUACGCCAUAUUAGAUUUGGAUCCUGUAACUGGAAAAUUUGAGGUGGUGGCUUUCUACUAUGGACUGAACAGCAGUUACAAGCCCGUAGCAGGCAAGGCCAUACAUUGGCCGGGGGGUCGCCGUGGACCCCCUCCUGAUAUUCCGCGUUGCGGCUUUUUGGGCACUGACCCUAAGUGUCAGGGAGAGGCACAGACAGUUAUUAUAUACUGUUUUAUCGGAUUGGCGUUGUUCUUAACGUUUGCCGUUACAGCAUCUUGUAUCGCUUACAAACAAGCGCGUAUAGAUGCGGAAAUGAACAAUACGUCAUGGCGAGUUCGUCCCGAGGAGGUCCUAGUGGAAGUUGGAACUGGACUUGGAGCUAGUCCGGCGCUGCACAGUCUUAACGAAGUCCUUAAGUUAUCCCUAACCUGGACUCAAGCAAGUACUGCAGCAUCAGGGGUUGGAGGAGCUCUUACUCUAUCUUCUUUCACUGUUGGCUUGUACAAGGGUAACCGAGUAGCUGUCAAAAAGAUACACAGGAAGAAAUUGGAUCUGAAUAAGAAACUGCUGUGGGAAAUUAAACAGGCUCGCAACGUGUCACACGAGAACACGGUCCGCUUCAUAGGCGCAUGCGUGGACUGUCCGCUGGUGUUUGUGCUCACGGAGUAUUGCCCCAAGGGCUCUCUCAAAGACGUACUCGCCAACGAAGAGCUCCAGCUCGACUGGAACUUCAGGACCUCGCUUGUCCACGACAUAGUACAGGGAAUGUGUUAUCUACACAGUGGCUUAGGAGCACACGGCAAAUUACGAUCUUCCAAUUGCUUGAUCGACGGACGCUUCGUGCUCAAAAUAUCCGACUACGGUCUCAACACACUUUGCACGCCCACGGACUUGAUAAAGGACGACACAUAUUAUUAUAAAUUACUGUGGACAGCGCCUGAAUUAGUUCCUGGAAGCUUAUACCCUGGAGCGGUAGCUUCGUUGAAAGGUGACGUGUACAGCUUCGGGAUAAUACUGGAGGAGAUCGUGCGACGGGCGGGACCUUUUCACCACUACACGCCAACUAUAUCUUACAAAGACAUUGUUACACGGGUGUGCGCGCGUGAGUCUCCACCAUUUCGACCUUUGGUGGGAGUAAAUGAAGUAGGCGCUGCUUCUGGAGGUGGUGCAGCGGCCGAACUCCUGGAGCUGGCGGAGAAGUGCUGGAGCGAGAUGCCUGAUGACAGACCUUCCUUCGAUGCCAUUAACACCACUUAUAUCAAAGGCUACUGUGACAAUUUGAUGGAUGACUUACUGCGACGUAUGGAGCAGUAUGCCAAUAACCUCGAGUCGCUGGUGGAGGAGAAAACUGAGCAAUUGUCAAUGGAGAAGAGACGUUCAGAGGAACUACUGUAUCAAGUGCUUCCAAGGCCAGUGGCCCAGCAGUUGAUGACGGGAGAAGUAGUUCAACCGGAGAGCUUUGAAUGCGUCACCGUGUACUUCAGUGACAUCGUCGGCUUCACUGAGCUCUGCGCUGCCUCCACUCCGAUGCAAGUUGUGGAUUUGCUUAACGACUUGUAUAGUACAUUCGACCGGAUUAUCGCAUUGAGGAUUCACCUAAGCGAAAGCACCCGAGCGUUACUCGAGCAGUGGGGUACUUUCAUAGUAGAACGCAGGGGAGAAGUGGAGCUUAAAGGAAGAGGAAGGAUGCUCACUCACUGGCUGCUGCACUGCUCGGAGCCAGAGCCGCGGCAAGUGGGGCAGAGCACCCUGCCCCCACCGCAGUAUCCGAUAUUAUUCCCAGCGCUGCCGCAACCUAUAGCUAUACAUACGCCGUAUAUAGUUGUUGAACAAUCCACUUUGGCUGCUUAG